AUGAUAAAGAUUUAUCACUUGUAGAAAUAGGACCGCGAUUUGUUCUUAACGUCAUUAGAAUAUUCGAAGGCAGUUUUUGUGGUGCUACUAUAUAUGCAAAUCCAGAAUUUGUUUCACCUAACCAGGUUCGACGUAAUUUUCGCAUGGCUAAAGUUGCACGACAUCAAGCUAGAGUGAUAGCAAAAGAAGAAAAACGACGAAAAAUCGCAGAUAUUGAAUUAUCUGAUGAUGAUUCUUCCAGCGAUUCUUCGGACUAA